GUAUAUAGACCUUGUAAGUGUUGUAUAUCAUUCGAUAGGAAAUUUUAUCCAAAAAUUUGUGUUGUGGAGGCCUCUGGGCUUCAGUCCCCCUUCAGCUGUUGCCUCCCCCCCCCCUAAAUCGGCCCUGAUCUCACUCAAGUGUUGAUGAUGUAAUACUUUACUGCUUUACUGUAAUACUUUACACGAAGCGCGCAAUCGACCAGUUUUAUCAGCUGACGCCUGGCGCUCCAGUUCAAAACGGCCGUUUUAACAAAACAGUCAUCUCGCAGUUGUUCAGAUACAGUUUGAAAGGCAAUCAAGCCGGUAAGAUUUAUUCAUCAUGGUUCUGAUGCCGAAAGAGUCCGCCAAGUUAGUCGCCGGCUUGGCGAAGAACGUGUUCAUCGAGAAGGAAGGCGUGAAGAGAUUGGCGUCCGCGAUCCUCGACGGUAUCAAGACACAUAAAAUUCGCACGGGUAAUUUCUCGCAGAUCAAAUUUCACCCCAAGCCUGACGAUCCCAGGACGGCGGAUUGGAUAUUCGUCCUGGAUACGUUGAACUUUUCAUUCUGGACCGAGACCGGCGCCAGGAAGUGGAAGGUCGACGGGGAAACCGGAUACUUUGCGUUUUGCGCCGCUGUCAAAAGAGCCAUCGACGAAGGGAAGCCGAUGUGGGAUCCCAAGUAUUACUCGCGAAUAACGCAGCAGGACGCCGAGGUCAUUUUCCGAGGCGACGACGGUGAGACUGACAUUCCGCUCGUGCAAGACAGAGUCAAGAAUCUGCACGAGGCUGGCAAGGUUUUGCUGGAUAAAUAUCAGGGUACAUUCGCGGAAUGUAUCAGGUCGUGCGGCGGUUCAGCGGAGAAGCUACUCAAGCUGAUCGUCGACGAAUUCGAAUCGUAUCGGGACGAGGCCGAUUACGAGGGUCACAGGAUUAGUAUCUACAAGAGGGCUCAGAUACUGAUAGGCGAUAUAUGGGUUUGCUUCGAGGGACGCGGACUCGGUGAAUUCCACGAUAUAGAUAGUAUUGCGAUGUUCGCCGAUUAUCGUAUCCCCCAGGUUCUUGUACACUUUGGUGCUAUGCGCUACAACGAUUCCCUCGCAAGUAAACUUGAAUCCGACGUACCGUUGAAGCAGGGUGACAAGGAUGAGGUUGAGAUACGUGCCUGCUCGAUCGAGGCGGUCGAGCAAAUUUGCGACGAGAUACGAAGAUUGAUCGUGGCCGAUCCGAAAUUGGAUUUAAACCCGACGACGGCUGUCAACGCGAUCAUCAUCGAUCAAUUCUUAUGGGAUUAUCGACGAGAGCACGCUGAAGAAUUGGAGUGUAUUCCAUUUCAUAAAACUAGAACUGUGUACUAUUAGAGACCACAUCCCAUAUAGCAUCCUAUGUCCAAGACAUUAACAUCCUGAAGUUGUUUAAUCGCCCAAAUAUAUUUUCUGGAUUCCUUCUGGACAUCUUUUGGAUAUACAUGCUAUGUAGGAUAAUGUUGGAUAUCAGAACCAUUAAACUUUAUACUCUGGAACAAGCUAUUGUCAAAUUAUAUGACCUAUUUCUCAAGAAAUUAUAGAAAACAAUUUAUGUCUUUCUAAUACACAGUAUAUUUUCAUGUGAUAGGAAGAUAGUGGAAUAUUAACAAGCUUAUGCAAAAGGUUUAUGUGAAAAACGAAUUACAUUUUUUAUUUUGUAUGACUUUUACUAGUAGAUUAGAUAAUCAGAUGCUUGUUCCAAUUAAAAUAUAAUUCCAUCAUUA